AUGGCUGAAGCACAAAGUGCACCGAAAAUCCAUGUCGCAGCUGAAGAGGCCCGGCGUCUCGUCAAAGACAUUCUUCAAGGCAACGGCGUGUCCCCCGACAAUGCGGCGAUAGUAGCACGUUGUCUCAUUGCUGCUGAUCUACGAGGCGUUGAUACGCACGGCAUGAACCGUAUACCUUCAUACAUGGAACGAAUUCGACAGGGCGUCCUGGAUGCCACAGCACAACCGGAACUGAAGCAAGUGACGCCCGUCGUGGCCCAAGUCGAUGGACGCAACGGCUUUGGCUUCGUAGCCGCUCACAUGGGCAUGGCGGCGGCCAUUGAGGCGGCCAAAGUCUACGGCAUUGGCAUGGCUAGCAUCAAGCACUCGAACCACUUUGGCAUGAGUGCGUGGGCGGUGCAGCAGGCGUUGGACGCCGACAUGAUGAGCCUCGUCUUUACAAACUCGAGCCCCGCGCUGCCUGCGUGGGGCGGACGGGAGAAGCUCAUGGGCGUGUCGCCGAUUGCGUGCGGCGCGCCAGGAAAGGGAGACAUGGAGAAUUUCAUCUUGGACAUGGCGCCGUCGGUGGCGGCACGGGGCAAGAUUUACAAGGCGAAGAGGAGGGGCGAGAAGAUUCCGUUGGAUUGGGCGUUGGAUGCGGAGGGCAGGCCGACGGACGACCCGGAGGCGGCGCUGGGCGGCGUGAUGCUGCCGAUGGGCGGACCGAAGGGGUCGGCGCUGGCCAUCAUGAUGGAUGUGUUUUCGGGAGUCUUGUCGGGUUCCGCGUUUGCGGGACAAGUGACGGGUCCGUAUGACCCUUCGAAGCCGGCGGACGUGGGACACUUUCUCGUUGCUGUGAAGCCGGACCUGUUUAUGGACUUGGACGAGUUCCGGGGCAGGAUGGAGUACUUGUAUGGACGGGUGGUGGGAUCGCAGAAGGCGGCGGGGGUGGAGAGGAUUUAUUUCCCGGGGGAGAUUGAGCAGUUGACGCAGAGGGAGAGGGAGAGGACGGGGAUUCCGUUGGUGAGGGCUGAGAUUGAUGCGUUGAACGAGGAGGCGAGCAAGGUUGGGGCUGAGGGGCUGGCUGUAGAGUGA